GCGACGACGGCGCGGCGCAGGGCGGUAAACAAGAUGGCGGCGGCGUGUCGGUCUAGGAAAGGGGAGGCGGCUCACAGCGCCCGCGAGUGAGGCGCGAGCCUCCGAGGGCGGUGUCGGCGUGGAGUUUUCUCUCGCGGACAGCAUCUUUCUGCCUGGAGUUCGACUCCCCCCUCGCCGCUCCCGCCUCCUGCCUGUCACGCGGCGGCUAGGCGGCGAGGGGGACGCGCCGCCCGGGGUGGUUUUCUCCCCCCUUGGUCCCCGGAAGAUUUCCUGUCCCGACUUCGUGCCCGCGACUUGUGGGUGUCCCGCGUCCGGGUGGAGUUUGCGCCCCGAGAAGUAGUGGAACUAAGGGGCCGCGCGCGGCGUCGGCGCGGGCCGGACAUGGACGGAGCGGACCGGCCUCGACGCGGCCGCCUGGGCCCCUGAGCGCGGGGCCCAAGUGGCGACCAUGACCUAGCGGCCCGCGCGCCGCGACGGCGGACCGUCGCCUCCGUCGGAAGCAGCGUCCCCGGGGACCCGAAUUAGGGGGACGCGAGGGUUGGGGGGGGGCUCAUUGCUUUUUUUUUUUUAUUCUUAUUUUCAUUUUUUUCUCCCUGAGCACCUAGAAGAAAAGGGGAAAAUCAAAAGUGAAGAAUUGGCGCCCAGGAAACGGACGUGGACCCGGUUGUGGGGACCGGGAGGGUUGUGGAGGUCGUUCCUUUUCCCCCCCAUUCCUUUUUUCCCCCUUCUUGAACAUUUGGAAGAAGCGGGUGGGGGAAAUUUGAACUUGAAAAGAAUUGGCGCUCCCGAAGGGGACGAGGACAAAGAGUGGGCCAGGAUGGACGUGGCGGACCCCCAGCCGUUGGGCCUGUUCCCCGAGGGCGAGCUAAUGUCGGUGGGCAUGGACACCUUCAUCCACCGCAUCGACUCCACCGAGGUGAUCUACCAGCCGCGCCGCAAGCGCGCCAAGCUCAUCGGCAAGUACCUGAUGGGGGACCUGCUCGGGGAGGGCUCGUACGGCAAGGUGAAGGAGGUGCUGGACUCCGAGACCUUAUGCCGCAGGGCGGUCAAGAUCCUCAAGAAGAAAAAGCUGCGCAGGAUCCCCAAUGGCGAGGCCAACGUCAAGAAGGAGAUCCAGCUGCUGCGGCGGCUGCGGCAUCGGAAUGUGAUCCAGCUUGUGGAUGUGCUGUACAAUGAGGAGAAGCAGAAGAUGUAUAUGGUGAUGGAGUACUGCGUGUGUGGCAUGCAGGAGAUGCUGGACAGUGUGCCAGAGAAGCGCUUCCCCGUGUGCCAAGCUCAUGGGUACUUCCGCCAGCUGAUUGACGGCCUGGAGUACCUACACAGCCAGGGCAUUGUUCACAAGGACAUCAAGCCGGGCAACCUGCUCCUCACCACCAAUGGCACACUCAAGAUCUCCGACCUCGGUGUUGCCGAGGCCUUGCACCCUUUCGCUGUGGAUGACACCUGCCGGACCAGCCAGGGCUCCCCAGCCUUCCAGCCUCCAGAGAUUGCCAAUGGACUGGACACCUUUUCAGGUUUCAAGGUGGACAUCUGGUCAGCUGGGGUCACACUCUACAACAUCACCACGGGCCUGUACCCAUUUGAGGGGGACAAUAUCUACAAGCUCUUUGAGAACAUCGGGAGAGGGGACUUCACCAUCCCUUGUGACUGCGCUCCACCACUCUCUGACCUACUCCGAGGGAUGCUGGAGUACGAGCCAGCCAAGAGGUUCUCCAUCCGACAGAUUAGACAGCACAGCUGGUUCCGGAAGAAACACCCGUUGGCCGAGGCUCUUGUGCCUAUCCCCCCAAGCCCAGACACUAAGGACCGCUGGCGCAGCAUGACCGUAGUGCCCUACCUGGAGGACCUGCAUGGCCGUGCAGAGGAGGAGGAGGACGAGGACUUGUUUGACAUUGAGGACGGCAUCAUCUAUACCCAGGACUUCACAGUGCCUGGACAGGUCCUGGAAGAGGAAGUGGGUCAGAAUGGACAGAGCCACAGCCUGCCCAAGGCUGUUUGUGUGAAUGGCACAGAGCCCCAGCUCAGCAGCAAGGUGAAGCCAGAAGGCCGGCCUGGCACUGCCAACCCUGCACGCAAGGUGUGCUCCAGCAACAAGAUCCGCCGGCUCUCGGCCUGCAAGCAGCAGUGACUGAGGCCUACAGGUGGGCAGGGGCCAGGAUCCAGAGUCAUGCUUGGUGUUCACAGUGGCCUCGCUCCUUCCCAAGGGCAGGGCUGCAGGGGGUGAGGCCACAGCCCUUACUAUGUGCACAAAGAACCUUUCUGCUCUGGAGUGGCCAGUACCUGGGGCCUGGUGCUAAGUGGCCACCCAUUCUACCAACAGUGUGUCGCCAGGAUCUUUGGGCAGGUGUCCCGGCAAGACUGAUUCCGGGCCUGUCUGUCCACACACUUCUGGACAUUGGAGCCGAGGGCGGACCUGCCACCCCAGAAGCACUUUAUGUCGAGACCACUGGCCGGCCUCGCCUGCAUGCCGCCCUGCGAGCCUCGCUGUCUUUGGGUUGGUUUUUUUUUUUCUUCUUUUUUCUUCUUUUUUUUUUUUUUUUUAAAUAAAACAGGAGGAUUUGAGCUGUGGCUAUGAGGAUGUUUGGAAAUAGGGAGCAGGCAGGGCACAGGGUGGCCUGCAGAGAAAACCCAGAGCGAACAAAUAUGCAGAGACAUUUAUGAUCAACCAGACAACACGACCAACCACAGGGCGCAGGGCAGGGAGUGGGCGGGCACUCAUGGCGAGGCUGCCCUAUCUUUUGGCAAUAAAUAAAGCUUGGGAAACUUGAA